UGCUGAUGUUAUCCUGGAUUUUUUAAAUAUACUUUUAUCCCCUCAUUCAUUUCCCGUGACCUGAAAUGAGCUCUGUGGUUUUUCUAAGUGUUUUUUUUUAUUUUAUACACUGUGGAAGGGGUCAGAUCUGUUCACCUCCUCCUCCUGCUCCUCUGGCUGUCUGACUCCGCUUCGGUUCCGUUCACACCGGGACUCGCGCGCAAAGAUGCCGCAGGGAAGCACAACAGGCGACCGACGCGCAUAAAGCGGAAGCACACGUGCGCGCCGCAGCCUGGAGGUCGCGCGCGCUCGCCUUCCUCGUUCAAACCGGACUCUCCGGAGCUCCCCACGUGGCCGCUGGACACGCGCACGCCGCGGGACAGCAGUGCGACUGACUGUCGGAUCCGGCUCGGACAGGAGGAAGCAUGAAGUUGGCGGCGUGGAUGCUGUGCGUCGCUCUGACUGUGGAGCAGACGGCCGCUCAAGUCCAGGAGAAUGUUCUAUCGCUGGCAGAAUUGGAGGACUCCUUGUUGAGAAAUCUCUUCAAAGGUUACCAGAAGUGGGUGCGGCCAGUCCAGCAUGCCAAUGACACCAUCACCGUACGCUUUGGAUUGAAGAUAUCUCAACUGGUUGAUGUGGAUGAAAAGAAUCAACUAAUGACUACAAAUGUCUGGCUCUGGCAGGAAUGGAUCGAUGUGAAGUUGAAGUGGAACCCAGAUGACUACGGGGGCAUUACCUCCAUCAGAGUGCCGUCAGAGACGAUAUGGUUACCUGACAUUGUUCUGUAUGAGAAUGCGGAUGGGCGUUUCGAAGGUUCCCUGAUGACCAAAGCGAUUGUUCGCUGGGAUGGCACAAUAACUUGGACUCCACCAGCCAGCUAUAAAUCCUCCUGUACCAUGGAUGUCACCUUCUUCCCCUUUGACCGGCAGAACUGCUCUAUGAAGUUUGGGUCUUGGACUUAUGAUGGAAACAUGGUAGACCUGGUUCUAGUGGAUCACUACGUGGACCGUAAGGAUUUCUUUGAUAAUGGAGAAUGGGAAAUCCUCAAUGCCACAGGACAAAAGGGAAGCCGGAGAGAUGGGGUGUACUGGUACCCAUUUGUCACCUACUCUUUUAUCCUCAAGAGGCUGCCCUUGUUCUACACCCUGUUCCUCAUCAUCCCGUGCCUUGGGCUCUCAUUUCUCACUGUGCUGGUGUUCUACUUGCCUUCAGAUGAGGGAGAGAAACUGUCCCUUUCUACAUCAGUGCUGGUGUCACUCACAGUGUUCCUGCUGGUCAUAGAAGAAAUCAUUCCGUCAUCCUCAAAGGUGAUCCCACUCAUUGGAGAGUACCUGCUCUUCAUCAUGAUUUUUGUCACCUUCUCCAUCAUCGUAACUGUCUUUGUGAUUAAUGUUCACCACCGCUCCUCUGCCACCUACCACCCCAUGGCCCCCUGGGUAAAGAGCCUCUUUCUACAAAAACUGCCCAGACUGCUGUGUAUGAGGGGGCACACAGACAGGUAUCACUUUCCAGAUAUUGAGAUGCGAAGCCCAGAGCUGAAGCCCAGGCGAGGCGUGGGGAGGAGAGCGGUUCCUGGAGGUCAACAAAAAGGAACUCUCGGAGGCGUGGAGGACGACAGCCAAGCAUGGCUGGCAAUGCUGGAAAAAGCCACAAAUUCAGUGCGCUACAUCAGCCGCCACAUCAGGAAGGAGCACUUCAUACGGGAGGUUGUACAGGACUGGAAAUUUGUGGCCCAGGUGUUGGACCGGAUCUUCCUGUGGGCUUUCCUGACAGUGUCAAUUCUGGGAACCGUUUUAAUUUUCACUCCAGCUCUGCAGAUGUACCUCAGCACACCUUAAUGAACAUAAACUCUAUAAAAAUCUGAAAGAGCUAUUUGUCUCCCACAUAUUUAUCCAUCUCAAACUCGAUUUGUUGAAAAUGUUCUGGCAUUAACUUCCAUUCCAGACGCAGGCUCGGACUGUGAUCCUUACCUUCCCUACAGGUUAGUUUUCACCUUUGAUGAACACUGCAGAUGGACAUGUUAAAAUUCUCUUAAUCUGUCAUGCUGCAUGUACAAUGGUGAAAAGGAAUAAGAGCAAUAACCAGAUAAAUGAGUAUGAAUAGUUUGAACUUCCAUGUUUUUACUACAUUUAAAAUGCACAAUAUACCUUCAUGACAAAUACAGUGUCGUAUGUGUCAAAUGCACUUUGCUGUCAACUCAAUUGUACUAUCCUGUAUGUUUAAAUAUAAUCACAAUAAACUAUAAAGAUAUUUA